AUGUUUCCAUCCUCGAAUUUAGAUGCGAUCUUACCCAAGAGUAUAAGCAGACGCCGGAGAACGCAGGCUUUACUGGAAUGCAUUGCUUUGGAAGCCAAUGAAGUAGCAGGAGACACUAGCGAGACUACACAUUUGACUCGACGAGGUCUGCCUGUCGUUCAAAACAGUGCUGAAAGAGCUGCAAAGAGGAAUGAGGGUGUGGUUGUAAAAGUGCCUCCAGGCCGAGAGCCAGUACCUCUUGAACUCUCUCCAAAGCCUGUUGCCGUAAACGGGAUCGAACAUUCUUAUGUGCCACGCCCUAUUCAUGACUGGCAUCGUGAAUACAUCAGGGUGCAUAAGGAUCUGAAGAAGGAAGAACAAAAAAUUGACACAAGCAAUCCAAUACCUGCAAAGUUAAAGGAUCUUAGGAAAAAUUUUGCCGCCCUGCAGAAGAGAUAUCUAUACGAAAGUUCUCAGAUUCGAUCGGCACAUGAAGCAGACGACAGACAGUGCGAUAUUGACAAUAUAGAAGCCGAUCUUCGAAAAGUGAUGAAUGGCACCUUGCCAGUACCUAAUUCUCGCGAGGCCGGCAAAAUCAUCAAGAACCUUGCCCUACUAAAAGAAGAGCGAGACCUUAUCCUCUCGUCACUAGGGAAACAAUUUAUCCGCCAUCAUUAUCCGUUGUUCGUGAACGAGCGGCGCUGCGUCUCUGGCUCACAGUCCAGCCCAUCUGUUGAGCCUCUCUUGCUCUGGGACAAACGGGCAUAUGAACCGCUGCAUGUUGAGAAGGAUGAAUUUUCCCCUAAAACACCAUGCUCGAUCGUUGACAUCCAGCCAAAUCCAGACUCUUUUAUCUUUGAAGCUCAGCGGCAAUACAAGGCCUCGAACGAGUCAUUCAAGUAUAUUUCCGUCCUGACUACGUUCCGUGCAUUGCUCAGGAUGUUUAUACCCUACCCCAAGAAAUCGAUUGAGCAGGUUCUACGGCUACUGUUUGCAUCUAGGCCAAUGACUGAUUUCCCGUCCGCUAUACCUUCGUUGGCGGAAUAUGCUACGCCCAAGAUCACGGUGGAUGCCAAAGAGGCAGCUUCAUGGAAACAUGUGAAGACUAAUAAUAGAAGAGGUGUGUUUGUAGGAUAUGAUAUGGACUGCUUGGCUGAAGCUACCUUGCAACGUAUUCCUAGCAAGCUGUUUUGGGAUAUUGCUGUGGAGUGGGAGAGGUGGCGCCACGAGAAGAAUUUGCCAGACACACUGUCUAAGUCGCUUGGUGGGGCGUUUAUCUCAGAUAUGAACGAAGCAUUUGAAGCCCGGCGGUGA